CCGCACAAAGUGUGUGUUAGGCGGGCUGGGGAUGCUCGGCUGGCGGGGUGUCAACAUCCAGUGACGGCCAUGUUUGCCGGCGCCGCCGCCGUAAACAAGAAAAAGUGGGAGACAAGACGCCUCGCUGAAUGUCGGGUCAUUUUUAUUUCUUUGCUUUACAAUGUCUCUCGGAAUGUCCUACAAGCCCAAUGCCCACCAGCACACUCCGGGAACUUCGGGGAACCAGGUUGGGAGCCUCCAGUCAGCAGCCAACCUGGCCGCCUUGCAGUCCUACAGGCCCCUUCUGAGCGACUAUGGACCCCCGUCUCUGGGGUUCUCACAGGGCCUGACCGGCAGCCAAGUGCCUCAGAACAAAUAUGCAGAGCUGCUGGCCAUCAUCGAGGAGCUGGGCAAGGAGAUCCGGCCCACUUACGCCGGCAGCAAGAGCGCCAUGGAGCGCCUCAAAAGAGGGAUCAUCCACGCCCGGGGGCUGGUGCGUGAGUGCUUGGCGGAGACGGAGAGGAACGCCAGGUCUUAGCCACAAUCACACAUUCCACAAGUGCAAGGAGACUUAACAGCGUGCGUCUUUAAUAUUGCAACAACAACAACAAAACAAGUGCAUGUCAUUUCCUAUUUGUCAGGAAGUAAAUGGUGAGUGAGUGGAUUCCAAAUAUGCUCGAUGGCUCCUGAGAGUCAUCUAAAUCUCGUGUGGAUGAGUCGGAUUCAAACUGGAUGAUUGGUGUCGUUUCUACGUGCGCACUUUUGUUUUUCCAGGGAGAUUGUUAGUUUCUUUUUUUUUUUUUUUGCAUGCCAUUAAGUAGGCCCGUGGGUUCAAGUGUCGACCCCACUUGUUUUGUACAGGGUUAUAGUUUUUAGUUUUUUUUUUAUAGUAUCUAGGGGCCAUGCAUGAGUGUGUGUGACACGGAAAAGUGUCAAUUCAUUCGUGUUCAGGUUUUUUGUUAUUAAAAGAAAAUGCUGUUACUUGCAUCUUUGUAUGUAUUUAUUACACUGUGUAAUAAAUUGUAUUUUCAA